UUAACAACAUCGACUGGGUGUUUCGGUAUUGCAAAUUGAAAGUUAUAAAUAUAUUAAAAAAUCCGAAAAAGAGACUCAUCGAAGUACGUUUUCUCCAUAAUGAAAGAUUAAUAUGAAUAUUUUUAAGUUACUAAAUGCAAAUGUCAGCAUCUCAAGAAUCGUAAAUGUGUAUAAUUUACAAUGUGUUGAUGACAAGUUACAUGUAUUUCGUUCGAAUUAAGUGAAGCAUAAAACAUGGUUUUCAUUGCAUUAAAUGUGUUUUAAAAUAGUAAAUAAUCCCAUUAUUUUGUUGUUAUGACAAUUCGACUCCAGUAAUUGUUAAAAAACCGAAAAAUAUUACAUUCGGAAGCUGUCAAUUUGUGCAAAAACCCUCCAGUCGUUGUACCCUUCCUCCCGUAAAGCAGUCAUUUUCGUUGGUUAAUUUGCUUUGUUUGUUCUUUCGCCUUUGCAAUUUUCGUCGUUCAGUUCAAUUUGUUGUUGUGCCUUGGUCGAAAAAGAAGAAGAGUUGGAGUCUUUUUUGUCUUUCGAACCCAGUAGUGGCUUCUCGUAUAGCAAGAAGUUUUGUGAAGGAAUAAAUUUGCAAUAGACAAAAUCUAGAGUUGACAGUGAAGGCGAGUGAAAAGUGCAAAGAAGAAUUGUGGAUAAAAGAAACUAAAUUAAAAAGAAGCUCAAGGUGGUUAAACAAAUACCAAUGUUUUUAUGACGCAUGUGAGUACCACAACAUGCCACAACAACAAAAGCGGCAACAGAAGCAGCAGCAUACCGUCCAACAACAACAAUUACAAUUGCCAUUCAAUAACAAAAGCAAUACGAAAUCUCCCCAAAAUCUGCAAGUACCCAACAAAUUAGGCUCCGGGGCCGUUUCGGUUUUAUAGUGACUCCCUUUGUUUGCUUAGUAUAUUCGCAUUUGUUUUCCGUUCGAUUUGUUUGUGUCCUGGUGAUUUUGGAACGCGUCUACAUAAACUUUUCCCUUGCUACCGCUGGCGAAAAGCGGUUGUUGGCGUGAGUUUCUAUGGCAACGUUCGCAGACUACGAUGCUCAUGGAGAGGAAGGUGGAGAUGACAACUCAAGUGUUACCAUAUGCCCAGAUGUCGAUGGGGAUGCCGUCGUUGAGAGCCACAGCAGCCUCCGUCAUGUUAGUCACAAUGGAAUACAAACGAACGCCUCCACCACCAUUGCAAUCAUCAAAAACAGUUCUGAGACAACACAGAAAUUGGUUUGUAAAUCAAAAACUUCGCCUCCUCCUCAUCAUAACGGUUCUGAAGCUGCAAAGCAACAUCAUAAUAGCAACAAUGAAGACCCAGACUUAGAUGAUGUAGAUGGUGCAACGGCUCUUGGUGAGGAUAUGGGGGAGGAGGCCAGGGAAAGUGGAGAAGAAAUCAGAAGGUGCGGCUCGACUAGAUGUGAUGUGAAUAAUGUGGGCUUAAAUGCAUCUGCCACAAACUUGGAUUUUUCGGAGACGGCACUCCACCAACAACAAUUGCCAGAGCAUCGACAACCGGAAGCAUUGCCAAACAACAUCUCCGACACUACCAUCACCAACACCACUACCACAUCCAUAUCCACUGCUAUUGGAACGUCACCCUCGAAUGCCAAGAAUUUGUUAUUGUGUCGCCGAUUUAAGGAUUCGGGUGAUACGUUGCGCAACUUUACCUCAUUGCCACUAUUCAUUUAUGCCACUUCACCAUCAACACAUGCCACCUCAGCCGAUGGUGUAGGUGUUGCCCAAGUGGCCGUUAAAGCAGCCGAAGAAGCCGCUGCAGCUGCAAAUAAGAAAAAGAAUGAAUCCCAUAACUUGGGCCAGCGUGGUAAAAACAACAACAACAUUAACUACAAUAACAAUUCUACGCACAAUACCAUCCCUAAAGGCGGUGUAACAUCAGCAGGUGGCACUGUACAAGGUGUCAUGGACUGUAUGCCUUUAAGUGUGGGCGUGGGUACACACCAUCCACACUUGAUGGCCUCCAGCAAUACAGUGAAUGUAACUGUAGCAUCACCCACCGCCAUUGUUGCGGCUGCCUAUCCACAUCAUCAUCACAUGAACCUCAAUCAUCAUCAUUUACUGGGUAAUCACCCGUUGCCCUACUCCAGUGGCUAUGGCGGCCUUACCAAUCACCACCACCACUCAAGUUCAGGUCCAGCAGUGGCAACAAACAGUCAUCACCAUCACCACCAGCAUCAUAUCCACAGUGAACAGACAAAAUCGUUGCAGGAAUUGCAACAUGAAGUUGGAGCACUAUUGGAAUUCCGUGAUCUAGUUAUAGAAACCUUUCCCGAUCUCAAACAUAAAAUGGCCUCAAUAUCAUCGGCAGCGUCGAAUGUCUCCUCGACGGCAUGCGGCGGUGGCGGGGGUAGUGGUGGCAACCAAUCGGGUAGCGUAAGUGGUUCAGCAUCGACGACCACGCUUACAAGUGGCUGUACAUUAGUCUCGCGCCGAGAAUGGGAACCCGGCAUUCGGGUGAAGAGAAAAGUCUCUCAAAAGGAAACAAACCAUCCCUCCGCAACAGACUUGACUUCAUCUUCACUGACCAGGAGUCGCAGUAAUUCGCAUAGCGGGAAAAAAGAGCCAAAGAAUAGUUCAGGUGGCGUUGUGGGUAGCAGCAGUGCUGCCAGUGGGGAAAACAAUAAUGGCAGUGUAGUCCAAGAUUCAGGAUUCUCAACAGAGACUAGUUCUUCAAAAGAGGGCCACAGUGCUUCCUCAACAAAUGGUGCUUUGACGGGCACCAUUGCUUCAAAUCGUUUGUCUUGUCCCGAAUCAGAUGAUGAACUUUUAAAUUUACUAGAUGUCAUACAUCGCAAAUCAACGCGCUUACGCGAAGAAGUUGAACAUUUGCAAAACUAUGAACGCCAACAUCUGAGAUCGAAUGCCAGAUCAGAAGAUCAUACGGAUGACACAGCAGCUGGCCCAACAGAAGGUGCCACCGGCGGCGUAUCCAAGUCCAGCAGCAGUAGUGCCAAUACAGCUUUAACACCAAAAACCUUCCGCGAACAUGUAGAACGCCUAAAUAGGGAGGACAUACUGCAGUUGCGCAGGGAACGUGAUCGUCUGCUGGAUAAAUUGGCCGAAAUGGAGGCCGAGACCUUGACGGGCCGCAUCAAGGCAACCAAAAUGAGUGAGCAAGUAGAGGAACUAAUUAAAGUGAAGAAGGAUUUGGAGGAGCAGUUAAAGCUGGCCAUGGCACAAAGGUUAGAGUUAAACUCUAGGGUGCAACAGCUACAGCAACAACAGCAGCAACAAAGUAAAAGUUCCAACAGUCAAUCGGACUAUUCCAGCCCAAGAACUUUCCUCUCCUCUUCGGCUACGACGGUCUUGUCAACCGUCAGUGCAACAUCGUCCAGACAAAAUACAUUCCAACCCGUGGUCGUGGAGCAACAGCAUACAAAUUCUUCGUCUAACGAACCGAUUGCAUUCCAUCAAAGCCCUGGCAGUGAUAAUAACAAACACAACAACCAACAGUCGACAUCGUCACAGCAAACAUUUGCUGUGGACCAGUUGGGACGCCUAGAUGGCAUUGUUAGUUCACCGGGAGAAAUAAAGUGUCGUUCAACCGAUUCGAAGCGAUUUGCUGCUAUACUCCUGGAGACAAGUGUUAUAGAAUUACAAAGACAUUUAUUAACAUUGACUGUUAAAAAUCAGAUAUUAAUGCAAAAACUGGAGGCUGCCUCAAAAGCAAAAUGUCAUUUAGUCAAACGUUUAGACAAAUCCAAAGAUGAUGUAGAGGAUUUAAGGUUUCAGCUCGAAGAGAAGAGCAUAGAACUGGAAGGAACUAAGGCGCAAUUACGUGUCUUAGAGUCUAGACUGCAUUCGAUUACACCCAGCAGCGGUGCUGCCACCAAUUCCUAUUUACACUCGCAAAACGAUUAUGAAACAAAUCGUUCAUCGGCCUCCACUACCCUAAUGCUGAGUAGGCGUGGUGGCAGUGGUCUCGCCAUGGAGUCUCCAAGUGAUAUUCGCUCGUCAACACCAACACAACAGCAUAAUGGACAAAUGCCGCAGCCUAUUACAACGCAAAUAUCUACACCCAGCAUGAAGGCAAUGACACAUUUGCCCAUGGACGAUAUGCAGCAUCACAGUAGUAGCACAGAGUCAGCUCAUGAACAUGAUUCGCAACAUCCACAGAAACAAAAUGAUGUGAUGAGCAGCAGCAAAAUGGCGGCAAGUAAAAUAGACAACGGUCGUGAAAUGCGUCAAAUCUUAAUGAGUACCAGUGUGGGUGGGGUCAGUCCAUUCGAACAACAGCUACAACAGCAACAUGUGACGGCCAUAAGGAAUCAAGUACAAGCUCUAAAGAAGUUCAGUGGGGUUACCGCUACAAAACCAAGUAAAAUACCAUUGCCUGGUAGUAAGGCGGCAGCCUAUUUUGCGGGGAAACCUCCAUCUGGUAGACCUUCAACCGCUGGUCGUUCACCGCCAUCUGCCAAUUCAUCAGGUUCAUCGCAAAGUCGUUCGCCUUUAAGCCGUAGCACUGGAAAUCUCUUGUAUUCCAAAUCGCCCAAUAGCUUAAAGCGAGCAGAUUCAGCACAAAGUAUACGUAAGGAUGUGUCGUCAUCUUUUAGCACGAACACAAGUCGCUCGUCCACCUCGUCUUCUAUACCAUUGGCUACGACACCAUAUGGUUCAGCUUCCAAAUCAUAUGGAGGUGGUUCAACGGCGACAACAACAGGAAAUAAUAAUACAACUACUUUAAAUAGUCCGUCCUCAAGAAUUUUACAAAAUUCACCACUACCCAAACCAAAAAGAGAAUCACUAUCAACAAAAGUCAGACAUAUGGAUUCUCUGUCGCGUGCUCAUAACCACAGCCAUCAGCAUCAACAACAUCAGUCUCACAAUUAUUCCAACGGUAGUAAUACUAGUGAUAAUACUCCCACAACAACGGUGGCCACAUCACCAGCACCAACGGGUAGCUAUUUAGUUAGCAGUACGCCCAAACCCUCAUCGAUAGCAGCUCAGUUAACCACCUCGUUACGCAAAGACUUGCAAUUGAGUACGAGUAAUUUUUCUGCUAAUCAAGCCCCUCCACCCUUCCAGAGGAGAGCUACAGGCGGAGGACUUAGCAGCAGCAACAACAGCAAUCCUGUGGCCACACGACGUUUUAGCAGCGCCUCUGUAAUGGGAGCCCGUGCCGCUCGUCAAGCCGAAAAUGAUUUACACCAUAGCAAUAUAAGUGGAAACAGUGUUGCUGGCGUAACAUCAAAUUCUUCGUCCUCCCAUGGCAGCGGCGGCAUUGGUGGUGGUAAUGGCGGCACUGCCAGUGAUAGCGAUAGUGGCAAGAAUUUUUCAUUUGACAAAAAUUAUGGUUAUAUAAAGGAACUCAAAUCGGCAUUGAAUCAAUAUUUUGAAGAGGAUCUGGUAAAUGACGCGACGACUAUAGCUGUAACUGCUGCGACAGAACCUGUGACAUCUGUACCAAAGAAAACGGUGCAACGUUCAAUGUCUAAUAAGGUUACAUUGAGUCAAUAUUUUGAACGAGAACUAUUAGAGGAAACAUCGGCAUCGGAAAGAAAUCGCAAUGACUCAAUUUUAAUGUACCAGGGUGAUGAUGAUGAUGUUCCAGUCUCAUUGGAAAACGAAGAGGAAAUUGACAUUUACACAUCAUAUGCCUCAUACAUGAGCUCUUCGGAUCCAGGCAGUGAUAAUAUUUUGGUGACCAUUGAUUAUGGUUCCAUGGAUAUGGAAGAUGAGUUAUCUAUCGAUAGCCUGGGCAUUGUGGAAGAGGAGCCAGAGGAAAGUCUGAAGAAAAUGGAUUAUUUACAAGUGCCAAGCCAGAAUGUACAUAUGUCCAAAAUCAAAAAAGAAAGAAGUAAAGAAUCUCUACUAAAAUCUUCGGAAUCAUUGCUGCGACGUGUCCUAAAUCCUUUUCAAGUUCAUCAUGUCCAACACACGGACACCGCAACAAAUAGUGCCAUAUCAUCUAUGAAUUCACUGCCGUGAGUACAAUGUCGAUACAUCCGGUGAUUACGGAUCGUGGCAACAACAACCAGAAUCAGAAUAUAGCGGUACGGGUACACCACGUGAAUACCGCUAUGAAGAUCUAAUUAAAGAUGAGCGCAUUAAUGAUGGCAACAAUUAUUGUGAUGAUGACGAUGGUGAUAAUGUUGGGGAUAUUGGAGGUGAUAUCAUAAUAAAUCGUGUUGAGGAGGACGAUGAUGUUGAUGAUUUGGUGGAUUUCAGCUAUGAUGUUGCCCUAUCGGCUCGCUGGUCCAGCGACUCUGUUAAUCGUUACUAUAGAAGUGUUGAUUAUUUGAAUUAAUUUUUAGAAGUAUAUUUUAUUUUCUAUAUAAGAAUUUGUAACAUAAACUCAAACAUUGUAAACUAUACAUUUUUAUUUUUCUUUUUUUGUAAUUCUGUAAUUAUGUUUGUUAAGAAGUGUAAAUCGUAAUUUUUUGUAUCCAAUUGUCUUCUAUGAAUUUGUUUCAAGAACUAAUUACAAUUUCUUAAUAUAUAUUUUCCAUUUCUAUACAUGUGUGUUUUGCUGUUAGAUUUUAUUGUGAUCGCAAUGUUGAAUCUACCAUGUUUACUAGAGAAAUAAUUUGUUUAAAUGUAUUUCCAUAUUUUGCUCAAAUCUUCUUAUAAACAAUAACUUGAUGAUACAUCUCAGAUAUUUCAGAUAUCUUAUUGUUUAUUGUUAAGAAAAAACGUAUGUUCUCGGAAAAAAUCUCCAUUUAACAAUACAUGGUUACGUCUUAUACAUCUAAGUGUAGAAGAUAUAUGCAAGUGAUGUACCCGUUUUCUUGUAGAACCAUUGUCAACAUAUAAUUGGUCUUGAUUAUUCAGUAAAAAAAUAAAACAUUAACGGCUUAACCAUGAAUAUUCGCGCGGAAUUCUAUGUGAUUUUAAUUUUUAAUUUGCUCGAAUUUUAAUGAAAGUUUACAUAUGAUAAAUAUCGUUCCGUGGUUUGAAUGAGUUGCGUAAAGAGAGUUUUUUAAAUACGUAACUUCGGGAAUUUUCAACGCCUUUAUGAUAAUAUUGCAUAUGACAGGACAUAAUAUACAAAAACAUUUAAAAAUUAUUUCAUGAUUUCAUUUCAUGCAAAAUAAAGGAACAGUUUUUCAAAAAAUAUACAAAACUCACAGGUCAUUUUAAGUUCAACAUAUUUAAAUAUUUGUAAAAAAAAAUGACAAAUUUAAGAAUUAUUCAAACAAUCGACCAAAUAGAAGAUACAACCAUAAAAUUUGAAAAUCUUGUUAUUGCAUUUUUGGAAAUUUUGCGUCUAAUUCGUUUGCUGUUUGUUGUGAAAACCAUAGACUUUGUCAAAAAUGCUUUGUCAAAACUGCUGAAUACUGUACAGCUAAAUACUGUAAAUAGCAAGUCCAAAAUUGGGCUACUUUGUUCAUUUGGUUAAUGACAUCAAAUACCUUAAAAUUGUUUAUGAUUCUACACAAAACUAGUACACCAUUUGCAUUUGUCCUCUAGUGGUACUCUCUUUUGUAUAAAUUAUUUGUUGCUAACAUCAUUUUUAUUUUUAUAUACUUUAUUUAUAAAUUUACUAAAUUUAAAAAAAAUGAUAUAUUAAUUGAAAAUAAUUAACACUUCUUUGUAUUUCUUUAGGCUCAGGAUAAUUAGAAAAACACAUAUAAUUACACGUAAAAUGUCCUUUUUGUAAAAUAGUAAUUAACAAAACUAGUCUUAAUAGACCAUUUAGAUACUUCAUACCCAAACUCAAACAAAACAGACACAAAAUACACACUUAACCACAAUUCAUUUUGGCUUAAAUUCAAUGACACAAAAAAUGCUUAGAAAAAAAAAAAACUAUCAAAAGAAUAGAAACUCAAUGGAUAAAAAAUUGAGCUUACAUUAAAAUCAAAUUGAAAAGACAAAAAAUAACAUGUAUUUUUAGAACUUCUCAAAUUGUUUUUUAUUCAGUCUCUUUGUAUGUUGAGUCCUUCUUGUCUUGUCCAUAAUGUAUUUGAAUCUAAUACAAAAAGUUGUUAUAGAACCUAAAUUAUAUCCCAUAAUGACGAUUUCUUAAUUAUAUUGAUCUAUAAUUUUAAUGUUUUCUUUGUUCGUUCUAUUGAUAACAGUUUGUAAUUUCAUUUAGCAUUUAAUGCCAUUCUCUGUAAGUAAUGAUAAUUAAUGAAUUAACUAAUAACCACAUUAUUAUUAUUAUUGUUAUUGUAUAAAUUCAAUUAUGUUUUUUUUUUCUAUAAUACAUUAUAUCUUCAUAAUUUUGCUGUAAUUUAAAUUAGCUUUAUAAAGAAAAACCAUUAUGACAACAACAAUGAAACAACUACAUCUACUCCACGAUAAUUAUCUGAUAAUUAAAUAUAUAAGUAGUUUAUUAUUCCUAUUUAGAGUUUUUUAUUAGAAUUUUGUAAUUUUUGGUAGAAAGUCUUUUUUUGUAAAUCAUUGAAUAGUCCUAUAUAAUAUAUAAUUUUUUAUUACUAUUCCUUAUGUCUGCUGUGUUUUUUUUUAACUUUGUCAUCUACUUUAUCUAUUUCCCAAUAUACUGGUAUUAUAUUUUUUAUUAAAUUUGUAUAUAAAUAUUUAAUACACCUGUCUGUGUAUUUAUGUUAAUUUUCGAUAAUUGGUUUACUAUAUUUAAUAAAAAAAAAAAAACAAGAAUACGAAGAAACUGAAUUAAUUAUUAUUACUAUUAUUAAAGAUAGCAAUAGAAAUUAUGUAAUGGAACUCAUUAAUAAACAUUAAAAAAAAAACAAUGAAGAACUAUUAUUGAAAAUUAAAAAAAAAAUA